AUGGAAUCUCAUGUUCAGAAUAUUUUAAGAAAGCGCGUUUGUUUUGUCAACCUUUUUUUACGUAUACAAUUUCAUAACUCUAGAAAUUUUUCGAUCAACGAUAAUGCUGAUGAGAAGCCGAUUUUUCUAGUUGGUCAACAUGACAUAGCAAUAAUAAAAGAGUGUGAAAAAGACAAUGACUUAAAUAAUGAUGAAAGAACACGGCAAUUUACCGACUUUAUACGUGUUGUGGUUAAAGGAGGUACUGGUGGUGAUGGGUGUGUUGCAUUUAAUCGAGGAAAAUUUGAAUCAAAAGUACCGCCUUCGGGUGGUAAUGGAGGGCGAGGAGGAAACGUCAUAUUUGUUGCGUCACCAAAUCAUUCUUCUUUGCAUUCAGUUCUCAGGACUAUUAAUGCAAGUAGAGGUCAAAAUGGGAAGGGACAUAUGCAACACGGUUCAGCUGGUAAGAAUUUAAUAAUACCAGUUCCUUUAGGAACCAUCGUUAGAGAAUUUGUUCCACAACCAAAUAAAAAUCAAUUAGAGAAAGUUGAUUAUGAAGGACGAAUGAACAAUAAUGAAAAUCUUGACGAAGAAACAAAACUUGCAAAAAAAAGAGCUAAAACUUGGGUUCAUUAUCCUCGAUAUGAUGAAAAAAAUACUCUAAAUUCAUUCUUUCUCGAAGCUGAGAAAAUGAUGGAGGAAGAAGAAAGAUAUAAUAGACCUUUUAAAACAGAAGAAAAACUUAAUUUGGAUCUUUCUAUACCAGAUGCUCAAUACGUAGUCGCACAAGGAGGCUCGGGUGGAAAAGGGAAUCCACAUUUUUUAACAAAUGCAAAUCGUUCUCCAAAAUAUGCAACAAAGGGAGAAGAGGGACGAAUAAGAUACCUUGAACUAGAAUUAAAAACGAUAGCUGAUGCUGGGUUAGUUGGUCUGCCGAAUGCAGGAAAAAGUACUUUCCUUACAGCUGUUUCUAAUGCUCAUCCAAAGAUUGCACCUUACCCUUUUACAACUCUCAAUCCUUAUAUUGGCACAGUAGAUUAUUCAGAUAGAUUUCAACUAACUAUUGCCGAUAUUCCAGGAUUAAUCCAAGGUGCUCAUAAAAAUGUUGGAUUAGGGCAUUCCUUUCUGAGGCAUAUAGAACGUUCUAAAGUUUUGGUUUAUGUCAUUGAUUUAUCAAAAAAUAAACCAUGGGAAGAUUGGAAUAGUUUACAAAACGAAUUGGAAAAAUAUCGUUCAGGACUUACAAAGCGACCAUCUUUAAUUGUUGCAAAUAAGGCAGAUAUAACUGAGAAAGCUAAAAAAAAUCUUCCAAUUUUUGAAACAAUACUUAAAGAAAAAGAACAAGAAAUUGUUAUUGUACCGGUGUCUGCAAAAUAUAAGAAAAACAUUGUUAAAGUAACGACGUUAUUAAGACAGAUCGUUGAAAAAGUACGAGAGAAAGAAGAAUUACCGUAA